GAAUAGGAACAGGCUUAGCCACUCAAGGAGCAGGAACCGGAGUAGAAUAUGGAUUACAGGCUACUGAAACUAUCGGCCAUGGAGUAAGUUUGACAGGCGAAGGUUUGGCUCAUGGUUCUCAAUAUUUAAAUACUUGA